CAAAUUUUUGAUUUAAUCUUUUUUUUUUACAGUUUUUUUAUUUUGUUUAAUUAAUUACAAGUAUCUGGCUCUAAUUGCGGUUAUUUUUUUAAGACUUGACUCUAUUGUUUCUGUUCUGCGAUUUGUACCAUGGAUAACGAUGUUGACAUGAUGGAGAUUGAUGAUAAUGAUCAACUUGAUCAUUCUAAGGCUUUCAAACGAUUGCCUUCUGGUCAAACGAUUUCGACUAAUAAACGGACUCGUGAUCAGGUUGAUUGUGUUGUCGGUCCAAGGAAAAGGAUUCGUGGUAAACGGGUGACAAAGCGGUCAAGUGGUAAAUUCAUCCUUGUACUUGAUACGAACAUUCUCAUUGACCAUUUAACUGAUCUCAAGACUUUUCUAUCUUACAAUCAUCUUGUCGAAAGCUGUAGAUUGAUUAUUCCUCUCGUUGUUAUUCAAGAAUUGGACACUUUGAAAAAGAGUAAACAAUCAUAUGUUCAGAAUUUCAAAUUUAUCAAUGAACAGCUUCGAGCGGAAGCUUCAAUUUGCAGUGAUAAAGUUUGGCUGAAAAAACAUCCGCCCGAAACUGUGGCGGAAGCAUCAGCUAAAGUCGAUCUUAUUGAGAUAAACAAUGAUGACCGAAUAUUAAAAAGUUCAUUACUAAUUAAUCAAGUAUCCGAACCUACCGAAAAUACUGUGAUAUUGAUCACUGAUGAUCUCAACCUACGCAAUAAAGCUCUUGCCUCAGCCUUGAAGUCCAUGGAUUGGGAUGCCUUUUGUGACAAGUUCGGAAUCGAGAAUACAAGUUGUGCCAAAAAAGGAAAGACAGUUGAGAGACUUCGACCUACAAUUAAGAGACUUCAAACUGGUACCAUUUCGAAAGUAGAACCGACCACUUCAGGAACGAAAAACGCAACAAGUGAAUCUCCAACUGAUACUAUGCAAUUCGGUGAUUGGUUAACAUUAAAAUACUCAACAGAACGAAAAUUGAAAGAGUUUCUAGAGAAAAUCCUUCGCAAAGAAUACAAUGAUCUAUGGGAUAAAAUCUUCAAAAUCGAUUUUUCCAAUUGUUCACUUUUUGAGAUAAUUCGGUGUAUCAAACAAGGUUGGCUUGGGACAUUUAGCGAUAUCUUUGAGCGGGAUAGAUCAGUUCUUCAAACCAUCGAAACGCUGUUUGAGCUUUUGAAGAACGAAAAAGACACGAGCCAAUUAACAACCUUAGUUUACAAAUUGCUACAAUCAAUCGAUGAAAUCGAUAACAAAUCAGCAUGUAAAAGGCAAAUUUCAAAUGAACCUCAAUCAAAAAGAAAAAGUUUUGUUACCUGAUAUGAAUUAUCAAAGAUCCUGUUGUUAGAAUUAUCUAUUUUUCCGUAAAAAUAUUAUAUGAAACAUUAUUUUCUCUAAAGUUUUCCAUUAAUGUAAAGAAAUCAUUUAAUUGUAAGUGGACUAAUCAAUUUAAUCUCAUCAUCAAAUAAACUGUUGAUAUCCUCUUGUGUUCACUAGUCGAAUGGGAUGAAAUGAGCCCCACGAAUUGUUUGUUUUCACCAAAUCAAAUAAUGUUGAUUAUAAGACAAUUUAACAAAACAUCAAUCGUUCAAAUUAACUUUUUUAUAAAUUGAAUACAAUUAAAUAUAAGAUUAAAUCACUAAACCAUUUA